AUGAUGGAAGUCAUUGUAUUUAAUGAUAAAAUAAAUGACUGUAAUGAAAAAUUAAAAAGAGCUAUGCUUUAAAUUGGUCAAUUUUAUGAUUUCUUAAGUGGGCACUUUAUUGAUUUAUAUUAAGUGUAGAAUAUGUCUCUUCCCAUAAUUACUUUAAAUGAAGAUUUAGAAUAAAAUUUAAAAGAAUUAUUUUAAAUAAAUGCUUUAAACUUUGAUCUUUAAUAUCUAACAUGUAUUUUUACAUCAAUUUUGGACUUCUAAAAUAGAAAAAUCAAAGAAUUCCAAGAAGAUGCUUUUGAUAUUUCUUAGUAGAAGAAUGGUUAAUAAAAAAGACAGAACUAAAUCUAUUAAAAAGCAGAAAAAUCAUGCCUAUUAUAUAUGUCGCUAAUAGAAAAAGAGUUUAUUGUUAAAAAAACAUCUAAAAUAUUCGAAAAAACGUUUGGGUUCACUUCUGAAAAUAUUCAAGGAAAGCAACUAAACACUUUAAUACCAAAUCUGCUCAAAAAGCAUCAUAAUUUAAUGAUUCAGUCAUUUAUCAAUGAAUAAUCUAUGGAUAUUAUCAAUUUAGGUGAGAGAAAUGUUUUUGGUCUGGAUGAUAGGGGAUUUGUUUUUCCAAUUAGUUUGAGAAUUAAAUUACAACUUUUAGAAAAUGAUUUAGGUGUUUGUGCUCUCAUUUAGAAAAAAUAAUAACAUUUUUCAUAUAUAUUUUUUGAAGAUGAAGGAAUAAUCACUGAUUUUUCAAAGAAAAUUUUUUUAGACAUAUUUUAAACUCCUGUUUUUAAAUCAGAGCGACAAAUAAAUAUAUUUGAUCUGAUUCCUUCAUUAGAAGAAUUAAUUAAGACUCAGUAGUCAAACAUAUAAGUAAGUACGAUUAUGGCAGUAAAACAACCAACAAUUUUCAAAAAUACAAAAUCAGAUUCUCAUGAAAAGCCUAUUUAAUCACCUAAAAAUAAUAAUAAUCUUUUCUCACAAAGCAGCGAAAUUUUUCAUAUUAAAUUCAGGUUUUUAAGACUUAUCACAAAGAAAAAAGUCAAUAUUAAUUUAAUAGAAAUAGAUUAUUACCAAAAAGAAACAGACCAAAUUAAAAAAGAUAUUAUUUUAGAUUAGUUAAAUAAAUAAUAAGCUUUGAAAUAAUAACAAGAUUUUCAAAAAAUGGUCUAGAGUUAAUAAACUACAGAAUAUAUGAAAUCUAUGUAGCAACAGUAUUUUUCUACAAGGGAAUUCUCAUAAUUAUUUGAGAAUUAAGACUAAAAUUAAAUCAAAAACAAAGAAAAUGAAAAAAAUCAUUUAAGAAACUUUUAAAAAUGUCAAACAAUUAAAAAAAAUAUAGCAAAUAAGAUAGAUCUAAAUCCAAAUUUAGUAGAAAUCUAAGAAUCUCAAAGUUAAAAUAAUAGUUUAAAUUAAAAAAUGUUUCAAGAAAUAAAUUUCUUCAAAAACACUGAAAAUUAAUCUCAAAAAACUUAUUUAGAAUUAAAAUGUCUAAGUUAAAAUGGAAAUCUUGAUAAACAGAGCAUUGAAAUAUAAUUUUAAAAUUACCCUAGAGGGAUACCAUCAAAUACAUUUGAAUAACCAGAAAUAAUUUCGUCUCCAACGAUUGUUAGUCAAGAUAGACUACAGUUUCUGAUAAACAAAUCAAACGAGUAACAAGAUAUUGUUUUUAUGCCGACUUAAAAUUUUUAAUCAUUUAGUUAGAAUCUCUAAGAAAUUUUGUCUCCAACGAUUCUAAGUUAAGAAAGAUAACAGAUUCUGAUUAACUAAUCAAACGAGUAACAAGAUAUCAUUUUUUUGCCUGCUUAAAAUAUUUAAUCACUAAAACAGAAUCUCUAAGAAAUUUCAUCUAAUAAUGCAUCUAACAAAUUUAUCAUAAAAAAUCAAUCAAAUGUAAUUUAAAAUAAAAAUAAAAAUAUAAUAAAUAGCAUAGAUCAUCCAUUUUUAGAAGAAUAAAUUCUCAGUGAAGAGUUAUAAAAUCUAAAUAGAGAAUAAACAAAAAAAUAUUUUAAAGAAAAAGAAGAAAUGAAACAAGAAUUAAAAAACGAAAUCGCUAGUGUCAAUUCUAGUAAGUUCAGCACUGAGGAAAUAUUGAAAAAGAAAAUGAUAUAAAGAAUUAAAAAAGCAAAAUAUUCCAAUGGAUUGUAAUUAAUAACUUUCACAGGAGUUGGAGCUUUUACUAUUCUCAGUAUUGUAUCUUUAAUCAUUUACAUUCAGAAUUUAAAAAGCUUAGAUUCAUUUGUCCAGUCUUUUUUGAAAAUUGAUGGUGCUAUAUUUUGCUUUAUAGAUGUUAUGAAUUUUGUUGGGCUAAUUAACUUUUAAAAUCUACUAGGAUAUGGCUAAUUCUUCAUAAUAGACAGCUUAGACCUUUAAAAUUACGAAUUUAAUCAGAUUUACUUUUAGCAGUAAAGAACAUUAUAAGAUUAUAAUCUAAACUUACAAAAGCUUGUUUUAAAUAAUGACAGUGGAGAUUAGCUCGAUGAAUUAUAAAAAAAUAUGUUUUAAGUUUAAAUUUACGAAGCUGGGUUUUAGAAAGGCGAUGGAUUUAAAUAAAAUUCCACCAUUACUUUCAAAUAAAGUUUAUAAUACACCUUAAUGGAGUUUUUCUAUGAAAUUGUAUUUUAUUAUAUCAAUUAUGAGGAAUAGCAAGAAGGUUUUAUUUGGGGAAACAUCUACAACUUUAAACAACGAAUGAAAAAUUUACAACAAAUUGUUGAAAAUUAUGCCCAAGACUAAUUUAAUAACAUGAAUUUGUAUUAAACAUUUGCAAUCAUCUUGUUUGCAACUAUAAACGCUGUCCUUAUUUCUUCAAUUUUGCCUCUAAAUAUUUUGAUUUAAUCCUAAAAGGAAAAGAUUUUAAAACUUUUUGGCACAUUUUCUCCAUCUUCAAUUGAGUUUUAAAUCGAAUAAAUUGAACUUGGUCUUCACAAAAUUGAAUAAUUCAAUGUCUUAGAAUAAACUAAUAACAGUAAUGAUGUAUUUAAAAGCGCUUAAAAUUAGUAAAAGCAAAUACCAUAAAUUAAAAAUCUUAAGUUCAAUUCAAAUUUACUGAGUGAAUAAGCUUAAAAAUAUGAAAAGAAUUUAAACAAUUAAGUUCAUAGAUAUAUUCAAAGAUAGCUAGAUAGACGCAACAGUUUGAAGCAGAAUCCAAAGUCACUUUAAAAGAUAGAAUUUCCUUGA